AAAGUACUUCAAGGUGUUUGACUGAGUGGUCCACAACUCGUAAAAAGCUGUAGCACUGAUUGGGUUGGCUCAAGGCUUUAUCCUACCUAAGCCAGAGUUCAAUGAAAGACAAAUCCCUACUGUUGAUAGAGUUGAUGCUGACAAAUAUGUUGGACGCUGGUACCAGAUGUACACCAACAAGUUUGGAGAGGACACUAAUGGAGCGAACCAGCACUGUGUAAUGGCAGACUACAAGCUCUUCAACGCAACAACAAUCACAGUAUUCAACUCUGGUAAACUGGGCUCCCCAACUGGUGAAUGGGCACAGAUAGAGGGAUCUGCAACACAGGUUGACCCAGCUGCUGCUCCUGGAAAAUUCCAACUUCUCCUCGAAUAUGUACCCUUCCCAGGAACUUACUGGAUCAUAAAGCUUGGACCAGUAAAGAAUGACCAAUACCAGUAUUCUGUUGUGACCAAUAAUAAGGGCAGUCAACUCUAUGUGCUUACACGUGACCGUGCUGGGUACAUGAGCCUAUAUGAUAAAGAAAUCCGAGAGUU